AUGUUAUUAAUGAAAAUAUGGUUUUACUGUUUAUUUUUUAUAAUUCAAAACAGUAUUAUUAUUCGUGCUGAGCAAAAAAUUUCUGUGGAUUGUCCUGCGAAAUGCACUUGUAAUAUUAUUCGUGCUAAAGAUAGCGGAUCUUCCUCAGAAGAAUGGUCAAAAGUAAAGUGCGGGCGAAAUCAUUAUGAAAAAUUAUUUAUUGAGGAUUUAAAAUUAAAUGAGGUGGAACCUCAUAUUUUACAAUUGGAACUUGCUCUAAACAUCACUGUUUUAGAAAAUUCAUUUUUAAAAUUAAUCUCAUUAGAAAAAUUAGACCUUAGUAAGAAUGGAAUAGAGGAAAUUGAUGAUAAAGCUUUUAUACAUCUUACAAAUCUAAAAAAAUUAGACUUAUCUAAUAAUAAAAUUUCUAUUCUUCACAAAAAAAUUUUUGAACCACUACAAUAUCUUGAAAGACUCAAAAUAAAUAACAAUUUAAUUACUCAUGUUUACAGAGGAGUUUUCGACUACUUAACAUCAUUAAGAAGUUUAGAUAUUUCUGAAAAUCCAUUAAAUUGUGACUGUUCUUUAAUAUGGAUUAUAGAAUGGUCAAAAAACAAUUUAAUUAAAUUGAUGCAGCUUCCUAAAUGUAAAUCUCCUCAUUCCAACAAAGAAAUUUUGUUAAGAAAGUUAAAAUUAGACUGUGAAGAAGAAUCUAGUUUUUAUUCGAAAUCAUUUAAAUUAGAAUUGAAACCUAUGCAUAAUCAAAUAGUUUUCGAAGGAGAUUCACUUAAUCUUCGAUGUAGGAAUGAAGGUAAAGAUGCACAAGUUACCUGGUCAUGGAAAAAUAAAGAUCCUACAUCUUAUUUUGAUAAGAUAAAAAUUGAAAAUCAGUCAGUUGUUGAAAAUGGUUUCGUGGAAAGCCAGCUUAAAAUUGAUAAAAUUCAAAAGAGUCAUGGUGGGGAUUGGCACUGUCAUUUAUUAUCAGAAUCAGGGAAUCAUUCAAGCUCAAUUUCAGUAAUAGUUUUAUCAGAUGAUAGUAAAUACUGCCCACAAACUGAAACAAAAAAUAACAAAGGAAUGUACUUAUGGCCAAAAACUAUUGGCGGUUUUACUGUUGAUCUGCCAUGUGCUGUGAAACAACUUAGUAUUGUAGGGAAAAAAAUUGAGCCAAGAGCAAUUCAUAGCUGCAACGAAGCAGGGUUUUGGGAAAAUUUAAACACAACUUUUUGCCCUUAUGUCAGUGAAACUACUCGAAUUUUGGAACAGUUUUCCCAAGUUAAUUUAUCUAUUGCCAAAGGAAGUGUUUUGGACAGUGCAUUAAAAUUAAAAAAUUUCACCGGUACUGGAGAAAACUUGACUGAUGUAAUGGAUAUUGUUUUCAUUUCGAAAACUAUUGAAAACUACUUAAUGUUUGUGAAACAAGAAAAAGAUUUAGGAUAUGUUUUAGUAGAUAUAGUGGCCAAAAUAAUGGAAUUAUCUAAAAAUCUUUUGAAAAAUGCACAAAAGGAAGAUGCAUCAUGCUCUAAAUUAGUUCAAUCUCUUGAAUACAGGAGCAUUUUCCGGGAUAAGAUGCAUCUGGUAUAUAAAUACUCAUGCAUGUAUGAAAAUAAUAAUUUGUUUCCAAGUCUAUCUAACUCAAAUGAAGAUGUUACUUCUUGCGUUAUCGGUUGCCAAUCAUCACAUUAUACACAUGGAAUGGUAGUAUUUCAUUGCAAUAGGUUUGGAUACUUUGGAUUACUUCAAGACACAAGAUACCUGUAUGAAUAUUCAAGAGGUUACAAUGGCGGUAAAUCACGAUUGUGCCAUCCUGCUAUAUAUACAGGUUCAUUUAUUUUAAUUGUGUGCUUAUUAACAUCAUUUAUAACAUAUGUAAUAUCUCAUAGCUUUAUUCAAAUGUCAAGAAGAGCCAAACAUGCAGUUGUAAAUACUUGGAUUUCGAUAUCCCUUUUGUGUUUUAUAUUUAGUUGCGGAAUUUAUCAGACAGGAAAUGCUGCUUUAUGUCAAAGCAUCGGUAUAGUUUUACAUUACUUAUUUUUGUCCACUCUUCUGUGGAUGACCGUUUCAGCGAGUAACAUGUACAAAAGGCUAUCCAAAGCAGAUUCAUUAGACACUACUCCUGAAGAUGAUCUUCCUCCCGGAGCACCCAUUCAAAAACCAAUUUUGGGACUCUACUUAGUCGGAUGGGGAAUAGGAUUAAUUGUUUGUGGAAUUUCGGGAGCUGUUAAUUUAAAAGAAUACGCUGGGAGAAAAUUUUGUUUUCUGGAAUUCGGUCCCGCAUUGAGUGCCGUUUACGUACCAGCAGGCAUGCUUUUUUCCUUUUUGAUUCUCUUAUAUAUUUUAACGUUAUGUGCAAUUCGUAAUAAUGAUUUGAAUGGGCAGUUGUCCGAAGGGACUCAAGGAACGGAAAAUGUCGAUUUAGAAUUAUUAGAAGUUCCUCCUGUGCUGAAUACGACUGACAGAAGAAGCGUCCAAAGUAUCGUGACGACAGAUUCUGAUGAUAUAGAAGAUCCUGAGCAUUCUCCCAUAAUUCAGUUAAAAGCUCACAUUAUCGUAUUAUUAUUGUAUUGUUUUAUAUGCAUUUUAGCCGCUCUUUCCCUUGUAGAAAACAUGCCAAAUACUUUUUUUUACCAGCAAGAGAUUUGCAGUAUUUUGUAUUGUUUACUAUCCUUUUGUUUAGGUGCUUUUAUUUUAUACUUUUACUGUGUGGCAAGAAGCGAUGUACGUUCACAGUGGACCAUAUUAAAAAAAGUUUUCAAAGGUCAAAAAUUUCAUUGCUGUCGCAGUCGAAGCGUGUCCGAUACUCAUGGAAAUGUUCAAAUGACUUCUUCUGUUAAUAUUCCAAAUGGUUCAAACGCGCGUCAUACUGUUUCUGCUUUGUCUUCGUCAAGCGUGAAUUCGUCAGCCUUAACUGCCAAAUCGAAUAGUCACAACAGCAAUAGAAUAAAAGCGGUUAAAAAAUUAAAUAAUUGCGACAGCUUAAAAGAACCGAUGAGUGUUCACAGCUCUACUGCAAACAAUGUAAAUUUGGUAGCCAUGCACAGACAAAUGUACCGAUCGAAUAUCAGCGUACCGAAUUAUCGUGAAAUAAUAGGUCCGGAUUGCGCGGAAGCAUUUUACAAUCCGAGACAGAGUAUAGUUGCUCGUAAAUUUUUCAAAAAACAAAGACGGAACAAAAGAAACGAUUUGGGUUUAAGACGAAGAGGAGAUGGAGGUGGCACGAGUGAGGGAGAAGCGUCACAGGCGAGGAGAACUUGGAGACCAAGUGCAGAAAGUGCCGUUUUCCUUUCUUCGGAUAUGGAAAACGUAAACGAAAAAGGCGACGGAAAUCAUUUUGUUUACAAAUGUAAAUUAAAUUCCGGAAACAAUCAUUUACCGAACGAAAGGAUAAAAAAGAGUGUUUCCUCAAAGAAAAAUAACGGAGAACUAAUGAUGUCCGAUAGCGAUGGGGAGAAUAAAAUACCAUUGGAUAGAUUGGUGAUUGGUGCCGAAGAAGAAAUGGGUGGUAAAUUGCCCGUGGUAAAAACCAACAACGGUCACGUUUCCUCCUACGACUGUUGCCUGAGUCGAGUGGAUGAAUUGUCCGCAUCGGAAGACAUGACAUUUUCUCCCGCGAUAUCAAAAGAUGCCGACAAGGAACUCCUGUCGGAAAAUUCCGCGGUCGGUCACAGUCCGUGUUGCGAUUGUAACGACCUGAAUAAUUUAUCAAACUAUCGCAACGUCGAACUUCAAUGCAGUCUGGGAGAAAACAGUUGUUCGGAUAUCAAUUCCGAGAUGAAUUAUUGCGAAUGCGGCGUAAACGUGGAUUCUCAUUAUGCAGACGACAACGGUUAUAAUUUUUCGGAUAAAUGCAACAACGUUCGCCAUUCGAACGAACAUGAUAAUGAUGAUAAUUCAAUGAUAUCGACAGACGACGUUUUAAAUUGCGAUUCUUUUAAUAAAAAAAUAGACGAAUUUAAUUUAAAUACGGAUUCGCAACGAUUCGAUGAUGAAUUAUUACUUUAUAAUAAGACUGAUAGCUCUUUAAAUUUAAAUAACUCAGCACGACAAUGUACAAAUGUAUUAAAUACACAAAUAAAUAAUUGUAAUUCAGUUAAAAAUAUGUCGAUUCAAUCAGAAUGUGAAAAUGAAAAAGAAUCGUUGAUUAAUUUUAACGAAAUAAAUGAUAAAACUAAAAAAGAAACAAGCGUUUAA